CACCCGGUAUGGGCUCCGCGCUUCCAUGUUUGAACGCGCUCCACACCGUCGGUCGCUGCGUGUUGGUUGCUGCUCGCGUCGCUCAGGGUGCAAACCAAUCGCCACCCAAUGGCUGCUCAUUGGCUGGGCUCCGCCACUUCCUGGUUGGAAACGGCAGCCAUGGCGGCGGCAGAGGGGGCCCCGCUCACCGGUGUGGGUUGGGCCAACGGGCUGUCAGCGGUCCCCCCCGGCUGGACUGCGAUCACCGCUACUGUGGAGGGUGCGGCCGCCGGCCUGGGCAAGGGCUUCGGGCACAAGGGCAGCGGGUACCUGUGCGUGAGAACCGGUGGAGCCCAGGUGGCUCCUGUGGUCACCGAUGUGCAGGUGCUGAGCGACCGGAGCCCCCAACCUGCCGGCUACACCCACGCUUCCGAGUUCCCAGAGCCUCGGACCGCUGUUUCCCGGAAGAAGCGGAUCUACGUGAGGCUGCAGCCCCGGGAAGCCGCUGAGACGGCUGUGUUCGAUAUCCAGCUCAGUGCCAAGAACAGAGCCCUCCCGCACUACAUGAAAAUAGGGGAAAUUGGAGGCUUUGCCAUCUGGUGUAAGAAGGGGCCGGUUGCGUGCCGCGGUCCCCAGCCCCUCGCCGAGCCGCAGAUGCUCAGCACUGGCCUGCAGCAGCUCUCGCUCCACACUCCUGACUCACCCCAGCAGGUACCUGCUGCUCACGGCAGCCUGAAACGUGCACCUCAGACUGGAUCCUUGUAUGACAGCACUGGCAUCUACGGCCUCUCAGCCAUGGAUGGUGUGCCUUUCACCCUGCACCCCAGAUUUGAGAGCAGGCUCAGUCCUGGCAGCACCGCUCUCCUUGCAGACCUGACUGUGAAGUCGCUUGCUGACAUCGAGAGAGAGUACCAUUAUGCUUUUGUAGUGGAAAGAACGGCUGCUGCUCGGCUCCCUCCCAGCGUUUGUUAGCGGUGGAGCCUACCUAGAGGAUCGAAACUGCAGCCAAACACCCGGCUGGGCUGGGCUCUCCCCUCUUUCCUUGAUU